GUUCGGUUCCAAAGUACUAACAUCAGGUUAGCUCGUUUAUGUGAGAGUUCACCGGGUCAAAGAGUAUUUGACCGGGAGUACUGGACAAUUGACACCAUGAUCGCAGUUUGAUUGGAGUGUUGUAGCACGCUGGACAUUAACUUUAGUUACUGUAUAAAGCGUGUUUUUCUGCAAGAAGCAAAAUGAGUGGAAGAGGAGAAACAAGCAAGGAAACGUCCCCCAGGGCUCCACUUCCCACCCAGGAUAACGUGACAGAACAACAGAAGAAGAAGAUUAUUCACAUCGUUUACAUCAUCGCUGCUUUGGAUAGUUCAUGGAUGUUUUUACAGUUUUCUGUCACCCCUUAUUUGGCAAAGAAACUUGGGUUCGACACCUUGUGGUUUGGUUAUUUGCAAACCACGGUCGGAUUAAUCCAGCUGCUUGGGGGUCCUAUGUUUGGAAGGUUUGCAGAUAUUUUCGGAGCACGAGCAGCUUUGUCUCUGGCGUGUUCUUCCACAGUCAUUUUGUUUCUGCUGCUGGCCAUAGCAGAGAAUCCCGCCAUGCUGUUCAUCCACAAACUCCCCACAGUCUUCAUGCAUGUUCUGCCUGCAUGUCGGAUGGUCGUUGCAGACCUCUCAGCACCUGAGAAACGGGCAGAUGCUUUAUCCAAACUAGGCCUGUGUUUUGGCAUCGGCAUGAUAGCUGGCUCCACAUUGGGCGGCCAUCUUAACACGCGCUUUGGGGAGACAUUCACUGCAUGUUUUGGUGCUGUGGGGAGUGCCUUCAGUUUACUGUUGGUUUUAAAGUUUAUCCCCAAAACGACCAAAUCUGAAGCUUCAGGAACCAAUGAAGACAGUGAGAACAAAAGCAAGUCAAUAUUCAACGUGGGAGAGAUCACCAGACUGCUGAAGUUUGCUGGUGUGAAGCGGACUUUUGUUGUGAAGAUAGUUGCAGGUUUGCCAUCAGGCAUUUUUCAAGUGAUGUUCUCUGUCAUUGCAUUGGAAUUCUUCAAGUUGAAACCUGAGCAGAAUGGCUAUCUGAUGGCUUACUUUGGCAUUGCCUCAAUGGUUGUUCAGGGAGGAGUGGUCGGUCGGCUUACAGCGAGAUACUCUGAGAACUCGCUGCUGCUUCUGUCCAUCGGUGUUUCUUCUUUGGUGGGACUGGCUCAGGCUUACAUGCAGGAUGUGUUCCAGUUCUGCCUCACCGUCGUCCCGAUGAUGUUUUCUCUCAGUGUGUUUAACGUCAUCACAGACACAAUGCUCACCAAGAGCGUACCGUCCUCCGAAACAGGCACUAUGAUGGGACUGUGUGCAUCCGUCCAACCUCUGAUUCGCAUGGUCGGGCCGACUGUUGGCGGCUUCAUGUAUGUGAACUACGGCAUUUCCUCUAUAGGCCUAAUCCAGUUUGUCGUGAAUAUUGCUGUGUUUGUGCACCUGCUGCAGCGUCACCUCAGGAAGACAGCCGAGCAUCAGAAAUGAAAUCGUUUAUUUUUUUUAAAGCUUCUUUUCAUCUCCAAUUUGUCCACAAACCAGGAGAGUUGAUGGAAAUUCAAUGUUUGAUUUUUAGCAACAAUCACCUCUCCAUGUGCAUGUAUUUACGUCAUCCUGUCACAGUCAUUUACAUGAUGAGGUAAGGUCAAGUCUUUACACCUCUGUUGCCGUUUAAUCCGUGGCGGAGGUUCAGAACUGAACCACUAGAUGGUAGCAAAUCCUCCAUUUUACCAGAUGGUACUUUAAUUUUCCAGGGUUCAUCGUUCACAUUUAUAUUAGUUACACUUUAAAAAUCAGUUUGUUGCUGUUGAGAUUUCAUUAAACGUCGUCUAAAGGGAUUAAAUAUUAGACCAAUCAACAUCAUUGCUAAUUGAACAUAGUUUUAUCAGAGCAAUUUAUAAUGAAAGUAUAUUUUCUUAUUCGUCACUGUUUUUAAUUAAAUCUUUUAAAAAAUGAUUUUAUUUUUUUACAUUAAUUCAUCUAAAGGUAGUAGAGUAUUUCAUACUUCCCUUUGCAUUGAAUGCUAUGAAUCUGUCAGAAAUAUCGGUAAUUGAUACAGUCAAUAAAUAUAAUGAAGAUUGUAUGAAUAUUUCAGCCCCUUUAGUACAGUGAUGGCAGCGUAGCAGAACUUUGUUUCUUCUUCGUUCUUAUCCCAUUCGUCAUCUCAAAUCCCUUCAAAUUUAUCUGGUGACUCUUUUAAGGGGCCCGACCCCUAGAUUUGGAACCAGUGAACUAAAUUACCUGUAAAGUAGUUAAACUACCUCCACCAACAGUAAAUUAUUGCAUGAUAAUCUAAUAAUGCAAUCAAUAAUGAUGUAUCAGUUACUGAGGGUAUUUUUCUGCUGAAUAAGUACUUUUAUUUAAAUGCAAGAUUUGUAUUUUUACAUUGUUAUAUUGAUACUUUUACUUAAAUACAGGAUGUAAUUACUCCCAACGGUAACGGCGCCAAUAUUUAUCAACGAAUAUUAAAUCACCAAGUGCAGAAAAACAAAUGACGUAAUGUGUGGAGGACAAACAAAUCCCAGUCUCAGUUGUUCUCUGUCAUAUUUAUUGACAGUUUUCUACUACCUCGGUUGCUAAUCUGCAGCGUGUUGAAGUGAUGUCACAAAAUCUGCGGCAGGUGGUUUCAUUGUUUCUACAAAGUACUCUGUUUUUGAAAUAUUACGAUCAGCAAUCCGGGAUAAAUAUGAUCUUAUUUUAACAGUAGGGGGUGAGUGGUGUUACAGAGUUAUUAUGGACCAGGCUACAACUUCAACAGAUGUCACUGGUUUGAUUUCUUUGUUUGUUGAGCCAAAUAUGUGAUGAAAGCUGCCACACAAACAGAUUACAUCUUAAAUACUGCAACAAAAUAAAGGACCGAUGUUCGUUUAUUUUCAGUGUUUUCUUUAUGACCUUUAGGAGACAUUUUACUGUCAAUUAUUGAGACAUUAUUCUGGAAAAUAAUUUUAGUUUCAAUAUACUUUUAGAAAUUUCAAAGUAAAUGUAACCAUAAGAAAUCAGUUAAAGUCGGUGAACAGAUUUCAUGCUUUAGUUAUUAAUCUUAUACUGUAUGUUGUUUAACGUUGUUUCUUUGCAUUCAGUUGAAGAGGGAAAUAAUUAUUUAACUUAAGUAAAAAUUCAAGACAAUAUUUAAUUUCUGUACAGCCCUCAAAUGUCAUUUUAAAAGUUUGAAGGUUACUUUUUGAUGACUCUUAGCUGGCAGAUUGUGAUGGUCUGUUCAGGCAGACUGCACCUUUAAUGUGAUCAGCCGUCUCAGUGGCAAUCCCAUCAUCUGAGCCU